AUGCGGCAGUACGAGGAGCUUGGACACAUGACGCCGGUAGCUCCGGAGGACAAAACGAAGAGACGUGUGAGCUACCUUCCACACCACGGCGUGAUGCGCGAGGCGAGCACCUCGACAAAGCUGCGCGUCGUGUUCAACGGCUCGACGUCAUUACCCUCUGGUGACUCGCUCAAUAAGUGUCUGCGGGUGGGACCAAACCUCCUGCCGAAUCUAGCCGAUGUACUGCUGCGAUGGCGUCGCUGGCGCUACGUCCUGGCUACGGAUAUGGAAAAGAUGUACCGCCAGAUCCUAGUCCAUCCCGAUGAUCGCGAUCUGCAGCGAAUUUUCUGGCGGUAUAAGAUUGAAGACGAGAUACAGAAGUAUCUUCUCAACACGGUCACUUACGGGCUGACGUGUGCACCGUUCCUGGCGAUGCGCUCCGUUCAACAACUUGCCGAGGACGAAAAGAAACUCUUCCCCCUGGCCGCGAUCGCCCUACUGAUUGACAGGUACAUGGACGAUGUACUCUCGGGCGCGGAUACACUGGAAAAGGCUCUGACUCUCCGGCGUCAACUCUCGGAGCUCUGUAUGGCGGGCGGCUUUCCGCUCCGCAAAUGGUCGGCCAACGAGGAGUUCUUGCUGACGGACGUUCCAGCGGAGCACAGGAUGCAGCGCGAGCUCCGCUCUUGGCGACCGCAAGAGUCGCAUGCCACUCUCGGCCUUCAAUGGCAUCCCUGCCUCGACAGCUUCUCCUUUGCUACGAAGACGAGUCUAGUGACGUCUUUCACGAAGAGGUCGGUGCUGUCCCUCACUGUCCGGCUUUUCGAUCCGCUCGGUUGGCUGGCGCCGGUGGUAGUGAGUGCAAAGAUCUUGUUCCAGGCUACCUGGCUAAGAGGACUGGACUGGGAUGACCCCUUGAGCGAGACUGACGCUCUGCAGUGGAAGACUUACCAGGCGGAGCUCCCAUUGCUGGAGCAAAUUAGAGUCCCUCGGAGAAUAUAUCCAGGCGCCAGAGGACUCGGCGUCGAACUUCAUGGGUUUGCCGAUGCCUCCGAGAAAGCCUAUGCUGCCGUGGUUUACUUGCGAGCACAGGCGCAGGACGGAUCAUGGCUGGUCACCUUGCUCGCGGCAAAGACCAAGGUCGCCCCUCUCAAAACCGUGGCUCUGCCUCGACUUGAGCUCGAUGCUGCUGCGCUGCUCGCGCGGCUUGCUGCCCACACGAAGGUCACGCUCAAACUGCCCGAGGUGCCUCUUUAUCUCUGGUCGGACGCCAUGGUGGCCCUGGGCUGGAUCCGAGGGCACCCUACUCGAUGGAAGACCUACAUAUGUGGCCAAUAG